AUGCCGCGCUUGGUUCGUAGGACGCCGCUCCUUGAGCGCAUCAAGUCCAUGUUGAAUCCCAUGGACUUCUUGCUUUGGCUGUCCGAGGAGCUUGAGACGAGAGAUUGGGACUCGACUACUGCAGGCACUCAACUCGGCUUGGCUAUGAACUUUGUGUUCCUGAUUGCGCGCGCCAAUUCAGCUUCUUCGUCGAGCGACGACGUUUUCAGUGAUGACGCUGGCACUGGCUGGUUAGCUUUCUUUGUGAGCUACCUCCGCCUCCUUAGUCUUGUUCAAGCUAACCAAACAAUAUCAAAGAUUUACCCUCUGGUCUGGAUCCUCAUCUUUUUCUCGUCCACGAACGCUUUCUACACGAUUACACGAACCCGCAAGUACCGACUUUUUCAAGUUGACGUCGAGGAGAAGCUCUCGACACCUUCUGCACGCCGUGUGAAGGUCGACCAGUCCAACUCAUCGCCGGCAACACCCCUGAGAUAUCUCGCAAGCAUCCUCACACCAGAAUCUGCCGAGUCGCGAGCUCAUCCCGAUAAGGGCUCCGAUGUUUGGGAGUUGUCGAUCUGGGAUCCUCUCCCAGUCUCGCUGCGGCUCUUCUGCCUCUUUGGCCCCGGGCAUGUGCUGGUCUACAUGAUCUUUCUGCCUCUGGCCCCCUUGGACCCCCGACCCAGCGUGACCGUUUUCAACACUCUCCUUCUACAGGUCAUCAUCACUGGCCAGCUACUCUUCUUCUGUUCUCGAUUCACGCAACAAGCUAAGGACACGGCAAUCAUCCAGAAGCAGGUGAUGAAGGAGUAUGACACCAAGUUUGUCCACCCUCGAUUGCACCCUGUUGUCCGUGAUGUUGGUACGCAGUUCUCCGACGACCAGCCUCAGAAGUACCAAGACUUUGUGCAAACUGGCACUCCGACCACUCAGAUCCGGCACUCUUUCCAGACUCACGCCAACCCUUAUAUCCAAUCUGUUGGGACACCCGAAAAAAAAGACAUCACCCCUACCCCCAGCAAUGUCAUGAAGCCGCAGAUGUUUACACCUCCUACGGCUAGCCGACGCUCAGAGCUCUUCAGACCUAGCGCCAGCCAAAGAAGUUCUGUCCCUCGCCAUAGCCUGCCUGCCGGAUAUACUUCAACUGGCACUUCAUCAGGAGUUUCAAACAUCAACUUUGGCGGCAACAUGGGAAUUCACACCCAUCACAAGUCUCCUCUAAAGAAAGCCACGAGCUUGAACGAGCUCACCUCGCAGGAGACCGCAUCUCCACGAAACUCGCGAGAAAUGGCGGCCUAUGAGCAGAGGAACUGGGGGCAAGGAACUCCUUCCAAGCACACAGAGAACCGUCGAUUGACGGGCUCAAACCUGAGCGGUGCUGGUAACCCCUUUGCGAGCCUGGGUAGAAAACAGGCCCCCCAAGAACGACCUAACCCACGGUGGUAG